AUGUCUCACUCUUCGCAUUCUCGUCCCGCAGCCCAGCCUUCGGAGGCCGAGAGGAGGCUUUGGGAGUCCAACGUCGCCGCUUCCAACCUGGCCCAAAGCUCCGACGGCCUGCAAGCGCUACUGAGGGAUCAUCCAGAACUCGUGUCUGAUAGUCUUGCGGCCGCGGCUGGGGGCAAGUGGAGCGGUGCGCCUAGUAGGGGAGGUGCGAGCGCAUUCGCUAGCCGGUCGGGCAGCGGCCAGACAACACCAGCAGAGGAGUGGGAGGAGGAGCAUCAGAUUCAGAGACACUCCAGCUUCACUGGGAACCCGAAUCUGGGCAGUGCAGGUGCCAAGCCGGACUAUUCGGAAGCCAAAAUUGUCGUCGCAAUGGUCGGAUUGCCUGCAAGAGGCAAGAGCUAUCUGAGCAACAAGCUUAUGCGAUACCUCAGGUGGCUGGAAUACGACGUGCGCGUCUUCAACGUGGGACAGCUCAGGCGAGCCUUGGCGAAGGCGAAAUUGAAGGAGAGCGGUAUCAGAGAGGACCACACGGCCACCUUCUUCGAUCCCAAGAACCCGGCAGCAUUCAAGUUGCGAACUCAAAUGGCAGAGGAGUGUUUGGAGCAAUUGAUUGGGUGGCUCAAGCGAGGCGGCAAUGUAGGCAUUCACGAUGCCACAAACUCCAGUCGGAGUCGCAGACAAGCUAUUGCGGAGCGAAUUUCGAAAGAGCCAGGUUUGAAGCUUGUAUUUCUGGAGAGUCUUUGCACUGACCCGGCCGUGAUCGCCGCAAACAUCGCUGUCAAGGUCUCGUCCGGGGAUCCAGACUACGCUGGAAUGUCGCCCGAAGCGGCUAAAGAAGACUUUCUGAAGCGCAUCCGUAACUACGAAGCAGCUUAUCAAUCGGUGGAUGAGGAGGGUCAGGAAGCACACCUCGCAUAUUGCAAGAUCACCGACGUUGGUCGCUCGGUCGUAGUCAACCGCUUUAGCGGUUAUCUUGAGAGUCGUAUUGCUUUCUUCUUAAUGAAUUUGCACUUGACCCCGCGCAACAUUUACCUCUCCCGUCACGGAGAAUCCCAAUUCAAUGUGGAAGGUAAGAUUGGAGGCGAUGCGGACCUGUCGCCGCGUGGCUGGACGUACGCACAGGCGCUGCCCCAACUUGUCAAGGAUGCGGUCGGCGAGGCACCUCUGACGGUGUGGCAUAGCACGCUCAAGCGUACAGGGCAGACUUCAAGCUACCUUGACUACCCAAAGCUGGCAUGGAAGAGCCUCGACGAACUCGACGCCGGCGUCUGCGAUGGCAUGACUUACGAGGAGAUUGAGCAAUACUUCCCAGAGGAUGCCGAGGCACGUGAUGAGGACAAGUUCAUGUAUCGAUACCGUGGAGGAGAGAGCUAUCGCGACGUGGUCGUGCGCCUCGAGCCUAUAAUUAUGGAGCUGGAACGGCAGGAAAAUAUCCUGAUUGUUGCCCAUCAAGGCACUACUCAUUUUGACCGACAGAUUAUCCGAUGCCUGUAUGCAUACCUACACGCUCUGCCUCAAGAGGACCUGCCAUACCUCAAAAUACCUCUGCAUACUUUGAUCUGCUUGACUCCUCGGGCUUAUGGAUGUGACGAGAAGAGAUACAAAGCUCCUAUCGACGCUGUUGACACGCAUCGCCCUCGCGUGUCGAAGCCUGAGCCCAAGGCGGAGCCAGCUUCUCCUGCAGACUCGUUGGAAGAGGCUGCAACUACCCUGCCACCUUCUCAACAGCGACCAAUCAGCGUAGCUUUGUUCCGACUGCUCUGCAGAGAGCUCGGCGGGUCGUAA